AUGGCCGACUCCAAGCCGCGCAAGCGCUCUCGCGCCGCCUGUCUAUCAUGCCAAUCCCGUAAAAGGAAAUGCUCAGGCGAAAAGCCCUGCGCGACAUGCGUGCAGUCCGGCGUGGACUGUCAAUACAGCGCUGCCCCGCGCAAGAAGCGCCUCAGAUCCACUAGCGCGUAUGGCACCAGUCUCCCAGCGCUGGAUGAACCACAAAGACCCCCAGAUGGUCUAGCAUAUCCAGUUCCGAAGGCCGUCAGCACUACCGAGAGUACGACCUCUCCUGCCUCUUUCAAUCGGGUCGGCGAUGCAGGGGUGAGCCAUUCCCUCGAAGCGAAUUCUGGCGCCGCGUUUGUUCGCAAACUUGGGCUGCGUAUUGAUCCAGCUCGUGCGCCGAGAUUGCAUCUUUUUGCGUGGAAUGUAGGGGAGAGGCGAUUGUCCACUGCGCUUUCUGCAGAGGCGCUGGCGCCGGUGCUCAUUACGAAGCUUCUUUCGCAGGAAGAGAUGCGACGGUUGGCGGUGAUCUACUUUGAAAAAGUCGAUCCAUGUUACUCGUUUUUAGAUCGUCAACAUUUUUUCUCUCGUAUUACGCACCGUUGGGAAGCGCAAGUUCAGCUAUCGGAACAAUCAUAUGAUGCCGUCUUAUAUGGCGUCGCGGCAUUUGGGUACUUGUUCUCACAACGCGAAAGAACUCCCACAGAGCUCCGCGUCGUUAAUGCAGCGCAUCAUAUUCUACAAAAGAGCAUACUGGGUGCAGAAACACCCUCAAUCGAUAUCAUAGCUGGCUGGGUUCUUCGUGUCGCCUACCUACGUAUGACAGCCUCGCCACACGCCGGCUGGAUGGCAAGUUGCACAUUGAUGCACUUAAUCGAGGCAGCAGGUCUGCAUCUCGAAUCAACCGAUUCAGACUCAAGUAUUCUCCAAGGCACACAAUCCCAAACAAAUCCCCAGAACAACAGCACCGAACCCAAUACCCCAGAUACCCGCCGCCGUCUCUUCGGUAUGGCUCGCCACCUAAACACCUGGAUCUCAUUCGAUCUAGGCCGCUCCCGCGUCGUUGUCCACGGCGCAACAACCAGGAUCAUUCCCCAAAACCCCAGUCGAGCAGAUCUCCUCCAUCUUCUCCCCCUAUCUGAAAGUCUCGACCCGACAACCUCAGCACAACAAGACCUUCCCGACCUCGAAACAGCCCUGUCCUCUGUUUUAGACCUAGUCUACACAGAACCCUCCUUAAUUCUAGUCCAAUGCAAUUUAAUGCUUUGCAUAUACCGUCGUGUCCGCGCUCUAAAUGCCCACGCUCCACUCUCAACCCGUCCAGAACGCUUCCUCGCAAUCGCAAGUCGUGGCUUACGCGCCGCACGCGAAAUGGUAGCUUCUACUUGCCCGUGGCACCAGGUCGCUAAUGUCCCCUUUCAAGUCGUCUGCACACUUCUGGCAAUCGAUAAUCGUGCCGCGUUGGAGCUUCUCCCAGAUGCGAUGCUCACGCUAAGGGAGGUGGUUACGGUCUACGACACGGAUGUCAUGCGAGAAGCGUAUUCAACGGCUUAUUUACUUGUUGCUAUGCAUCAGCGACGGAAGGAGGAUGAUACGCGCGCAUUGGGUGAUGUUUUAAGGGCUAAUUCUGCUGCUGCGGCUGUCUUUAGACAGCAGGAUGUUGGUGAAAGUGGAAGGAGUAAUGGGGCGGUCGGUGGCGGGGAACUGGAGAAGACACAUCUGGAGGAGGUGGUUGAGCAGGUCAAUGCACCAGUUUCGGAUGUCGAGCUCUCUUGGUUGGGGGAUUUGGUUAUUGAUAUGCCUAGUUUGCAGAAUUUUGAUCUGGAUCAGUUUCUUAUGACUGAUGUGCCAUGGCCGUUGCCUGAAAUGGGAAUAUAA